AUUUUAUACCUGAUCCCUGAACCUCAGAACCUGAGCAGUUGAGACUUGAGAGAGGCGGAGAGCAGAGAAUCAGAGAGAGGCUGAGAUGAGAACAGACUGUACAGUGGAGACUGGAGACUAGAGAGAGGCGGAGAGCAGAGACUAGAGAGAAAGGGGUUGGAUAUCUAUUGGAGAUCUGCAAGGAGAAGUAAUUCUGUUGGUCACAAGAUUUUCCUUUUGGUUCAAUUUUCAGUAUUUGACAAGCCCAUACUUGUUUGAUUCCUUUUGAGGUGAUAAUAAUAAUGUUAGUGUCAAGAAUUUUUGGGAGAACACUUUUUGCUGCUGCUAAAUCAGAAGCGUAUUCUGCGACAGCUGCGGCGACUUCUGUAGCAAGGAACCCUCUGCAAGAGUUCUUUGAGGCUGAUAGGAGCAUAGAUGAUGACAAACCUGUUGUCUAUGGUCGUAGUUGGAAGGCUCCUGAACUGCGAUUGAAGUCUUGGGAUGAUCUUAAUAAGCUGUGGUAUGUCUUGUUAAAGGAGAAAAACAUGCUGAUGACUCAACGCCAGAUGCUUCAUUCACAGAAUCUACGGUUUCCUAACCCAGAGCGCAUUCCCAAGGUGAGGAAGUCAAUGUGCCGUAUCAAGCAAGUACUCACUGAGAGAGCAAUCGAAGAACCAGACCCCAGGAGGUCAGCUGAGAUGAAGAGGAUGACAAAUGCUCUGUGAUGACUUCCAACUUGUGUAUGUUCUCAAAACACUGUAUUGGGUAUGUUUGUGGACUGCAAUAUGGCCUUUUUUUUCCUUUUUUUUUUUCUUAGUGCAAUUUUGACUUUUCUAGCAAUUCACCUACAUUGUUAUGGAGUAGAUGGACAAAUUGCACCAAUUUAUGAAUUGACAGAGCGUCUGUCUCCUUUUUUUGA